AUGAUUGAAGCAACCGAUUCGCAACGAAGAAUAAAGAAUGGAUUGGAUGUUAACAAUGAAGUUAAAUAUAUAGCUUAUUUGAUCAAAGCUCCGCACGCGCCAGUUAUAUAUGAUGCGUGGGUGUGCGGUGGAGCUAUAGUACAUCCAGAAUUCAUCAUAACUUCAGCAGCGUGCAUAGAGGAUGUUCAUUUCAUGUACGCUAUAGCUGGUUACAAGAACUAUCCAGAAACGGACGCUAUUGUCAUGGGAUGGGGACAUAAAGAUAAAUGGCGUGUGCCGGGUGACACAGUGGACUAUAAUCAGCCAACACUGAAGUACAGCUCUGUACUUUUGCAAAAAAAAGAAGAUUGUAAGGAAUACUAUAGAAAUAUAGAUGGAAUGGAUGAAGUGAUAGACAAAUACAUGUUAUGUGCGACUAAGGCUGGCGGUAUUGAUGCGAAGGGAAACCUGUUCGUGCGGAGUCCACCGUUGGCUGAUGGUUGCGCCAAUAACUACGUCAGAAUCGGCGGACUUUGCCAAAGUCCGGAAGUGUUGAAACAUCUCACAAUAUUGACGGAUGAAGAAACAGAGAAGCCAAUAACUCCACCACCGCCUCCAAACAACUAUCAAAAUCCUUCACACGAGCCAACACCUGCAGAAGCCCUUGUACCCGAUGUGACUUACAAAAGUUACAGUGCCAGCGACAGUGUCAACGUCAAAGGAACUGAUGACGACACAACUAUCACAUUUGAUGACAUUGCAUUCAGAUUCCGAAGGACCCAAAUGGGGACGACACUUACCAACUUCUCAAGAAGAGUAGGAAUAUGUCAGAACGAUCAUGGCGGCCCUCUUGUGACCUGGGUCGGUAAACAUGAGGUUCUAAUUGGCGUAGCCUCUGCGUUCAGAGUAUCUCAACAUUACGAAUGUAUUGGACCCUACCUCUUUACUAGCACGCAGUGCAAUGGAGCCUUCUUAAACUGUAUCAUCAAUAAUAUGACUAGUACCCGAAGAGAUCCCGUCUGUGAUCUACCGCCAGGAGAACGAGGGUACGAGAUAGUGGAACGAAGAAUUUCAUGGAAACACCAUCCUGACGGGCCGGCUGCGAAUGAACCUCCAGAGGACUUCUUCGAGAGACCACAAAAUCCUAUAAAUAAUUAUUAAAUUAAAU